AUGCUCGCUAGCCGCAUUUUUGGUCCGUUGGUGUUCGGCCUGCUGCUCAUAUUUGGCGUCGAGUAUGCCGCGUCGUACAACGGCUCAUGGUUCGUGAUAGCGCGAAAAGCGUCGCGUCAACGCUACUUCCUGCCGAUGAACAUGAGCUCGUGCAUGGUGCAGUUGAUUCUCAACGCCGACAACUCGAGCAUCGACUUCACUGAGUAUCAUACGAAGAAUGAGACGUGCGAAUCGUCGUUCGGCACAAUGAGCCCCCACAAGAAUGGAUAUAUGCUCCAAAUGAACAAGACCGUCGAGGAGGGUCUCGUCGAGAAAGUGUUCCUUCGACCAAUUUAUCAUGGCUAUUCGGGUGAUAACAAUGAGGAGAUGAAUAUGGUCCUGUAUGGAUGUCUAGAUGGCAAUGAUGACGGAGGAUGUAUUGUGGGCGACGAGCUCGUGCUCAUCAUGAGCAAUUCGAGGCAUCCGCAAACGUUGCAGUUGUUCAAAUCGGCGAAAAUCAUCGAAGACGAGGCGUGCAUCGACAUUCUCCACUUCAACGCCCUCGACACCUACAACGAAUGCGGCGACGACGCCGUCGACGAGGACCAGAAGUUGAGGCACGCGAAAAUCGACGAGGACAACGAGUUCGUCGACGUCGAGUGCCGAGUCGAGAACAUUCGGCCGGCGCCCAACAACAUCGACACAUUUUUUGACGAGCCGCGUGUGCUCACCGUCGUCGCCUACAUCGAUCCGAUGCUGUUCGGCGAGCAGAUCGCCCACAUCAGUUGUCGGUACCGCACCAAGACGGCGGCGGUGUGCGAAUGGAUCAGACAGGACACGUGCUUCAAAACGAAUCUCACGCAGAGCCUCGCCGACAACCAUCUGACGAUUCGAUCGACGAUUCAGAAAACGAAUGGCUCGGAGAUGGCGAUUGAUUGGUCGGGCUUCGUUCUUUGGGAGAACGGCGACGAGUACAUCAGCAUGCAUUGCGGCGUCGUCGGCGACGACGGCGCGUGCGAUUCGGUUCGCGUCUACGUGUGGUCGGACGAGGAUCACAUGGAUCAGCCGACGAUCAACACCAUCUAUCGGGUGCUUCAGAGCGUCUGCGUCGAUCCCACCGAUCUCAUUUUUCUCAACACGUUCCACGAGUGCAUCAUUCCGGCGCCGACGGCGAAUCCGAUUCAAUGCUCGUCGCCGAAUGGAUGGAGUCCGAUCACGUUGUCGAUGCUUCACGGCGUCUGGUACAUCGCCGCCGAUCUCAACGCCGAUCCCAAGUUGUUCCUUCAGUCGGCCGUCAUUGAUAUGAAGGCGAGAGAGAAUAGUACGCAGGCGAUUCUCGACAUCACCUAUUAUGUGCAGAAGGAGAGCGACGGCCUCUGCGUGGGUCCCGGCAACGCCGAAGCGAUUCUCACGACGAACGGCGAACUCCACGUCGACGCCGAGUACGCCUACUCGAUCGUGCCCGGCUACAAGAGCACAAUCAAACUCAAAUUUCAAAUUUUGUAUCUGGACAAUCAGCGCGCCGUGUUGUAUUGGUGCUUCAAGCGCAAUUCGACGGGCUCUUGCACUCAGCAUGACGUCACCUUCAUGAUACGGUCUCGCCACUUUUCCCACAACGAUCUCUCAAUGAUUUUACCAUAUUUGGAUAAGGUGUGCAUCGAGAAGAAUGAUCUUCGAUGGUACGAUCUACACUCGCAAUGCGGUUUGGAGAUCUCGUCGACGACAAUUCUGCGUCGAGACCUCAUCACCCUCUCGCACUAUCACGUUCUCGACAUUCUCACGAACGUCCAGGAGCCGAAGUGUCGAUACGACGAGGUGCGCGGUGUUCGCGCGGAUCUUCACUCGCUCGAGCGCGCCGGCAGCUGGUUUUUGAUGUCGAGAAUGGACGAGAUGAGUAUGGACACGUACGCGAUGAUCGGACGCGUGUUCGUCGUCACCAACACCACCGCCGUCCUCCGAUUGAUACAAUCAGCCGCGCUGCCCGGCGAGCAUCGCGAAUGCUUCACCCGUGUGUUCACCAUUCGCCAACGCCACAAUGAGUCGGACUAUUGGUACGAGCUUCACUUCGAGUCGACCACCAAGAAUUCGACGUUCAUGAUCUUCCGCUUUUUGUUCUUCAAUCGCAACGUUGGUGUGAUCUACUCGUGUCUGCGAAACGCCGUUGAUGGAAGAUGCGACGAGAAGGCGAUCUACGUGAUAUCUCGCCACGAAUCCAUCGAUCAUCCCGAGCUCACCGUUCUCGAGAAGGUCGCCAAAUCGGUGUGCAUCGAGCCGAUUUUGUUGUACCACGUGGCGGCGCAUGACGAGUGCAUCAUUGAGCCGAGCCGCUUGAAACCGCCGGCGUGCAGCUCGAUUGUGGCGGCGACGAGCAACGCGGAUUGGCACGAGCUGAGUCUGCAACAGAUUGAGGCCACAUAUGGACGGAUUCUCUAUCAAGCUGUCGCUUCAUCCAACAUUCGUCAACAGCCGCCAUUCGGAAUUCAAUUCGACGGCGCCGUUUUUCAGAAAAUCAACGAGCAAGAAUCCGGCUGCCUCUCAUCGCCAAUCGCCUCAAUUCGCUUCUCAUCGCGCAAUCGCAAUCUUGUCCAACUCGACGAUCUCGUCGUCCUUCUUCAUCCCGCCGGCGUGCGUUCCGACCUUCUGCUCAAAGAGGCCCAACUCAGCGGUGUGCUGCCGUGCCUCACGAUGAUGCCGCCGCCGGCAGCGACGAAUUGCACGCUGCUCGCGCCGCCGCGCUGCAAACUCCAAUUCGACGCCGAGCCGAUCGCCGACGAUUCGUCGUCGUCGUCGAUUCUCGGCGAAUGGUUCCUCUACUCGUCCGAUCCGAUGUUUGUGCUCAAUUGGCGUUGCACGUUCGCCGAAGGCGACGAGGCGUUUCGCUACGCGCUCGAGUGCCACAGCGAGAGUUGGGUCGGCGAAUGCGAGCGACCGACGCGCGGCCAUCUCGCCAUCGACAAAACCACCGGCGCGUUCAACAUCACGAUGGAAGCGAGCGAGGCGUCGAUUCGGACGCCAGAAGCCGAACUAUUCCGUCACGGCAACAUCACAAUCAGCCCGGAGCGCAUCAUUCUCAUCAACGACCAUCAUCUCGUCGGACGCGCUUAUUCGUUGUGGCUUCGAAAGCCGGACGCGUGGAACGAGAAGGUUCGCGUCAACGUCAAUGAGUACUGCAUCUGGCCGCUGGAAUCGCAGAUUCGACACACCGCCAUGCUCUGCUAG